GCUUAAAUUAGUUUCAAGUCCGGAAACACCGAAGUCCAUCCGCCUCCGCUCCUUGCCUCCGCAUCGCCUUUGUUACAACCGCAACUCUCCUGUCUCUGCUUCAUCUACAUCCUCUGUUGCUUCUUUGUGAAGAGUUUGAUAUUUGACCUUCAAGAUGCCGGCUACAGCAGGUAGGGUUCGCAUGCCUGCGAACAAUCGGGUGCACAGUAGUGCUGCCCUCCAAACCCAUGGUAUAUGGCAGAGUGCCAUUGGCUAUGAUCCCUAUGCACCCAAUAAGGAUGAAGGCCAGAACUCUUCAAAGCCCAAUGCAUCUAAUGCUGAACCGGAUGCUGAGAAUGCCUAUGCAAGCUUCCAGGGCCUCCUUGCACUUGCCCGUAUAACUGGGUCAAAUGCCAAUGAGGCUCGUGGGGUGUGCAAGAAGUGUGGCCGUGUUGGACACCUCACAUUUCAGUGCAGGAACUUUUUGAGUGUUAAGGAUGAUAAGGAUAAAGACCCAGAAGUGAUUGAGGCUGCUGCAAUGGCUGAGUUGGAGAAGUUGAAGGGGAAUGCAGGUAAGGUGAAAGGAAAAAGCACGGUUGAGAGUGAUGAAGAGGAUGAGAGUGAGGAUUCAGAUUCAGAUGUUGAUUCGGAGAUUGAGAGGAUUAUUGCAAAGAGAAAUGGGAAAAAACUCAGUAGUAAGGAAAGGUCAACGAAAAAGGAGUUAGAUGAAGAUGAGCCGGAUAGGGCUUCUAGGGAGAGGAAGAGUAGAGGGAGAUCUAAGAAGAGGAGUGGGAAGAGAGGAAGCGGUGAUUCAGAUGAUUCGGAUGAUUCAGAUAGAAGUCGGAAGAGAGGAAAGAAGGAUAGGAGGAGAAAAAGGAAUGAGUCCUCGGAUGAGGAUUAUGAGCGUCGUCGACGGCAUAGGAAGAGUAGGAAGGAGAAGAGGAGGAGGAGAAGCCACCGAGAUUCAGAUUCUGAUUCAGAUGCAUCCGAGGAUUCUGCUAGAGAACGUAAGCGCAAGAGCAGGAAGGCAGCUUCAGCAUCUGAUUCUGAUGCCUCAGAUGAUUUGAGGGUCAGUCGGAGCAAGAAGAGAUAUGAGAAGAAGAACAGGAAACGCCAUCAUGAUUAGGAUGUUUAGAAUGCAUUUAGUGAAAGAAAUGCAGGAUAAUGGAUAUGGCGCUCUCUCAUAAAGUUACCAAACCAGUGAUGGAACCCAAAUGGUGGACAAAGCAAAUUUGUACUUGCUUGUGUAUGUGGAUUAUUUGGAGGUUAAACGUGUUUAAUUUGUGUGAUUUUUCUUUUUCUGGGCGUUUAAUUUGUAUGGUGCCUUGUGUAUUGAGGUGCCUCGACAUGUCCACAGACUGUUUUUGGGUGCCUUCUCCAUCGCUAUAUACUCUACAUAUGGCAGUUUGACUUUAUUGUAAAUUUGUAAUCGUGAUCGGAUCUGAUUAUUUUUAUUAAAAUUGAGUUGUAAAGUA